AUGACUAGACAAAUAGAUCGUGAUUUAGAGCGUGAUGAGGCAGAGGACGAUUAUGAUGACUCUUUCGAUCAAGAUAGUAAAGAAACUGCCAUACCUUGUCCUUUCAAGAUGAUCAAACACAAUAACUCGUUUUAUCAGGCCACUAGACAAAUAAAUCGUGAUUUAGAGCGUGAUGAGGCAGAGGACGAUUAUGAUGACUCUUUUGAUCAAGAUAGUGAUGAUUUGUUUCUAGGGAAUGAUGAUAUCUAUCAAAAUAAUGAAGGUUUGUAUCAAGACAAUGAUGAUUUGUAUCAAGACAAUGAUGAUUUACAUCGAGACAAUGAUGACUUGCAUCAAGGCAAUGAUGAUUUACAUCGAGAUAAUGAUGACUUGCAUCGCGGCAAUGAUGAUUUGCAUCCAGUCAAUGAUGAUUUGAUUCAACAUACUGGUGAUUUGCCUCAAGGUAACGAUGAAAUAGAAAAUGCGAAUAAUGGUGAUGAAUUGCCCGAUGAUGGUGAUUUGUCUGAUGGUGAAGAUAUCCAUAAGAAGUAUGAUGGGUUUUUUUAUAUUAACAGAGAAGGGAAGCUAUUUCUGGUAAGGGGUCAGCCCUCUGAAAACCCGGAUGAUAAUGAUGCUUUCGAGAGGAGGUACAAAAAGAAUUUUAUAUUUACGAGACCAUCAAGAGGAUGUCCCAUUGUGAUUGAACCCUAUCAAGAACAAGACAGUGAUGAGUAUUCGUUUGAUGGCAGAGAUUUUGACCGAAUCUGUGAUGAAGCUUUGAGCAGGAAGAUAUACCAAAAUUUUGUUUCUUCUGAAGAAUCAGGAUGUCCAAUUGUGAUUGAACCCGAUCAAAAACUAGACAGCGAUAUGGAUUCGUUUGAUGGCAGAGAUUUUGACCGAAUCUGUGAUGAAGCUAUGAGCGAGAAUUUUAUUUUGAAUAAAAAAUCAAGAGGAUGUCCCAUUGUGAUUGAAUCGUAUCAAGAAUUAGACAGUGAUGAUUAUUCGUUUGAUGAUAGAGAUUAUGACCUAAUCUGUGUUGAAUAUAUGCUCGGAGAUUUUAUGUUUAGUAAACCAUCAAGAGGAUGUCCCAUUGUGAUUGAAUCCUAUCAAGAACUAGACAGUGAUGAUUAUUCGUUUGAUAACAGAGAUUAUGACCUAAUCUGUGUUGAAUAUAUGCUCGGAAAUUUUGUUUCUCCUGAAGAAUUAAGAGGACGACCAAUUAUGAUUGAACCCGAUCAAAAACUAGACAGCGACAUGGAUUCAUUUGAUGGCAGAGAUUUUGACCGAAUCUGUGAUGAAGCUAUGCGUGGGGCUAUUUCUGCAAACAACGAAGAGAAAUCGCCAGAUGCUAAAGAUUCCGAGAUCAUUUGUGGGGCUAUUUCUGCAAACAACGAAGAGAAAUCGCCAGAUGCUAAAGAUUCCGAGAUCAUUUGUGGGGCUAUUUCUGCAAACAACGAAGAGAAAUCGCCAGAUGCUAAAGAUUCCGAGAUCAUUUGUGGGGCUAUUUCUGCAAACAACGAAGAGAAAUCGCCAGAUGCUAAAGAUUCCGAGAUCAUUUGUGGGGCUAUUUCUGCAAACAACGAAGAGAAAUCGCCAGAUGCUAAAGAUUCCGAGAUCAUUUGUGGGUUUUAUUAUAUCGACGAAGAAGGGAGGCUAGUUCUAGAAUGUAGUGAUUCCUCUGAGAAUCAAGUCGCUGAGAAUCAAGUCGUUGAGAAUCAAGUCGCUGAGAAUCAAGUCGUUGAGAAUCAAGUCGCUGAAAAUCAAGUCGCGGAAAAUCAAGUCUCUGAGAUUCAGCGAUCUGAUUUACAAGACGAUGAUGACUCAUUUAAUGACGAUGACGAUAGUUAUAUUCGAGAGUAUAAUUUCGAUGCCGUGUUUGCAGGGUAA